CGUUGUGUGCAGGCUACGCCUUCGUUACCGCGGAGACAGAAUUAAACAGGAAUUCGGGUGCAAGCAGUGCCGAACGCUAGGGAACUUUUUAAAAGUGCAUUGACUUUUUAGAAGAGAGGCAAUAGCUGCAAAUAGCUGGAAUGUCUGAGCCACACAAACUUGAAACAAUUCAAGAUGAGACACAAGAAGACAAUGCACUCGAACGUCAGGGCAAGGAAGAGAACUCAGAAAAUCCUGUCUAUUUAGUAGAGGAGCAUGUAGGUCCCGAUGAGGACCAUGCUGAUGUUGGUGACCAGAAGGGUACCACGGAGAGGAAAGAAACCAUAUCCACAAAUGACAGCACUGAGCAAGAGUCGACAGAAAUUAACGAGGAAUCAAGUCGAGGAGAAACUCAGGAAAUGAUUUAUGCAGGAGAGAAGCAGCAACUUACCUCUCUGACAAAUGAAAGUUUGGAAGUGGAUGAUACAGCUGAGACCCAUACUCGAAUCGGCGAGCCCCUCUCUGAGAAAGAGAUUCCUGUGUUACAAAUGAAAGAGGAUUCCCCAAUUUCAGUUCCAGGUACUCCUGAGAGGGUACAUAGCCCUAUGAAUGAAGCAGAGAGCAAACAAAUAACAGAGGAACUGGAGGCCAAAGAACGUAACGAACUGUUGGAAAAAUAUCAAAACCUAGUGGAAGAAAAGGAGAAAAUCUCUCGGCACAAUAUUUCAUUGCAGCAAAAGUUGGCAAAACACCUCAAUAAUAGCACCAGGGAGGAUUUACAUCAUGAAAAAGAGAGAUCAUCAUCAGAUCAGGAACAGGUUUAUCAAAGGUACAUAGACACCAUCCAGAACCUAAAAAGUCAGCACCAAAAGGACUCCGAGAUCUUCCAUCUGCAGAUAGAGGACCUAAAAAUAAAGCAGCAAGAGAAAAUUAAUGAGGUGGACGGUGACUGGAAAGAACUUCUGGAUAUGGAAAAGGAGGUUCUUGUAGCAGCAUUUAGCGGUAAGUUUGGUAAAGCUGCAGCCCUGAAGGAGGCAGAGCAGAUCCAAGCAAAUGAGCAACGCAAGGAGACUGAGCUCAUCCAUAUGCGGCUAGAAAACAUUAAGCUAAAAAACAAGAACAAAAAACUUGAGUCUACCCUAAAAGCCAAGGAAGAAUUAGAGGAAGGCUUGAAUUUCAUUGAUUUUGAACAACUAAAAAUUGAAAGCCAGACCUACAAUGAAAAAAUAGAGGAGCGCAAUGAAGAGCUGCUUAAGUCCCACAAAAAAAUCACAAACACCGUCCAGGUUCUUACACAUGUAAAAGAGAAACUUCAGUUCAUGCAAAUAGAGAACACUGAAAAGAAAGGACAACUUAUGGAUUUGGAGGAGUUUGUUGGACAAAAACAAGCGAUUCUUAGCAGGAGCAAACAAAUACGAGAUAACUUACGUAUGGAAAAUGUUAAACUUGCCCAAAAGUGUGAUCUGCUUGAAAAUGAAUUGCUGCUCAGAGACUUUGAAAACAAAGUGGAUGACACUGAGGUGCUUAGCCAGAAGCUCAAGGCACUAAAGGUCAACUAUGCUGAGUUCAAACUGAAAUGUGGAGGUGUCAAGAAAAAAAUUGGACAAGCUCAAACUGUAGAACAGUAGAGAUAACUACUGGUUUAAGACUUGGGAGUCUGAAAAAAUGGUAUGUUGGUUUAGGGUGCCUUGAAUAUGUUUGUAUAAUUAUUAUUAUUAGUAGUAGAAGGAGGAGGAGUAUUCCUGAUUAUAUUCUUUAAACAGUGAACUUUAAAAAAAAAAAAAAAUCAAAAUAAGGUUAACACAAAAUGGAUUGGUGGCAACCCAUUUUCUUGCUGCUUGUGAUUAAAGCACAAUUACGUUCAAGGUAGGAUCAUGUGUACUGUAUAAAAAUCUUUACAUGUGUUACUCUUGUCUAUAAAUGUUCUAUGUUGUAAAUGUUAACUACAAAAUAAUGUCAGUCCUGUCUUAAUCUUUAACCCUGAAGUUACAAACAGUAGGUCACAUUUGUGUACCUUAGAUUGUCUGUGUGUUAGUGACAAUGAUCAUGUAUGUUAAUGAUCAGAUAAUGCUUUUUUUACAAUCAUUUGAAGUAUUAUGUUAGUACCACUCAUCCAUCCAUCCAAAUUAUGAGCCUAUUUGCAGAUGGGACCUAUUGGCAAGCUCGGUGUUAAAAGAAGAUAUGCAAGAAUCUUGGUUCAUUUAUAUACCAGUGAAUUGAAGAGACAUUAUCCUCUUUAUUUUUUUUUCUUUUUCGCCCCAUAGAUGGAUAGAUACAACAUGAAAAUUUGUGCUGUAUUAUGCAGUUCUAUCAGUAAUUCAAAGGUUUUCCAAAGUUCCAAAAAUUUUGUUUCCACAAUGUCAUUUAAUUUUUUUAUGCUAAGGCAUUUUUUAAAAAAGAUAUAGAAAAAAAUACAUACUCCGGCCAUUUCUAUAUUAAUUACUUUAUCCAGUGUUAACUUUGUAGUAUAUUUUCCACUGCAAAUGACACUUCAGACUAGUAUUCAUUGUUAAAAGAUGUUAAAAAUGCUGUCCCAGUAAUAUAUUCCUUCAGGUAGCAGUAUUAAAUUUAGUUAUUGAAUUUUCUUACCUAAAUUCAAAGAGGUCACAUUUAAAAUAUGUCAGAUUUGACCUAUUUUUUUAUCUAAAUUGAAUAUAUUUUUGUGUAAGUAACUUGUUUUUUUCAAGAGUUUAUAAUAUGAAAGUUGAAGCAAAGCUGCUUUUUUAUGUGGCUUCUUUCUAGGAACUCCCAUUUCCUUCCAAAGACCAAAUCUGUUAGCUCAUCUCUGUAUUGGCCCUUUGUUAGGUGUCAUGUGAUGUCUGUGUGUAACCUGAAAGUCAACUACCAUUCCACCUAUGUCAAGGCUUUCUGUUAUUUUCUGGUUUGUGUGGCUGUCUACAAUGUUUGAAAAUCAAAGGUCAAAAAAUGGAUGGACGACUGGUUAAACAGAAUCAUGUAUGUGUAAUGUUCUCAGAAGGACUUUACAUUCAAGGUACAAAAAAGGAGAAUAGCAGAAAGACAGAAAAUAUACAUUCAGUGUAGUGUAUGACAGAAUUUCUGUAGGUGUGCCACUACUGCAAGGAUGGUACAAUUAGGGUAAAGUACAGUUUUGAGAAAACACAGGUUUUCCCUGUAUCAAUUCUGCUAUGACAGUGACAUGUCAUAAUUUCUUCAAGUACUACAGAAUUAAAGCUUAAAAUCAAGAAUAACAAAAACAAACAACACAAACUGACUAAGUUCAAUUAGAUUUUUUUAAUUUUCAUUAAUUGAUUUUUUUUUUUUUUUUCUGAUUAGGUGAUUUUAAUUCUUUUAGGACAAAGAAUUAGUCUUUUAUCUAUUGCUGUGCUGACUUUAAAUUAUUCUGCUGAUUAAUGCAGAUCCCUGCAAUGUUAUGAAAAUUUGAACACAUGUGAUACUCAUUUCUGAUUCAGCAGAGUAAGCAGAAAAUUAUGAAACACUGAUAUUUAUAAAAGAAUGCUGUUUACAACAAUUUCACUUGAAAACCAGCAGUCAUGGAGGUUGUUUUGAAUUAUGAUAUGUGACGAACUGUGUAUAACGUAUUUUCUUAUAAUGAAGGCUACUAUUUAUUAUUUUCCCAUUUUAAUCACUUAUAGAA